AUGGCUACGAAACCCUAUCCUCAGGUCGUCCUGCUGGGCGAUUCGCUGUUUCAGCACGCCGUCGAGGUUCUUGAUGGCUUCUCCUUCCAGUCGCAACUGCAGAUCCACACCAUCAGACGUCUUGACGUGAUCAACCGUGGCUUCUCGGGCUACAACACGGCCAACGUGGUCCAGCACCUCGACACGCUCUUCCAGCCGCCCUCGGACACGACGCCGAAGAUCGAGUACCUGCUCGUGCUGCUCGGCGCCAACGACGCCGUGCGGCCGAUGCACACGCAGCACGUGGCGCAGGACAAGUACCGCGCCAACCUGGCCAAGAUCAUCACGCACCCGGCCAUCGCCGCCCACAAGCCCAAGAUUCUGCUCGUGACGCCGCCGCCCGUCGACGAGAUCCGCAUCGAGGUCCUCGACAAGGAAAAGGGCUGGCCCGAGACGACGCGCUACUCCGCCAUCAGCGCGCAGUACUCCCAGCUGGCGCGGGACGUCGCCGCCGAGCACGAGGGCGUCGUCCUCAUCGACCUGUGGAAGGCCCUCAUGGACUACGCCGUCGCCAAGACGCCGGACUACGAGGCCGGCGCCGGCAGGCCCCUGCUCGGCACCUUUGAGAGUGGCCAGCGCGGCGUCCUCGCCGACCUGCUGCCGGACGGCUUGCACAUGAGCGGCGAGGCGUACCGCAUCUUUUACGACGCCGUCGUGCCGCACAUUGGAGCCGAGUGGGUGGGACGCGGGGAUGACGAUCGCACGGGCUAUCAGCUGCCGGACUGGCGGGAGUACCCCAGGGCAGAAUAG